UCACCAUCAUAUGGUAAGUAGCUGAUGUGCGCAACCGCAGAGCGGUCGGUCGGUGAUGUUUAUAAAUAUAUGUAUAUAGAAUAAACCUAUAUCUAUAAGCUGUGUACUUCUCGCAUCUUCUACUUUUAUAUAGUGACCAAUUUUGAGCAGGUAUAAUUGCGCCUGAGGGACCAAGUGAGGAUGAGUGAGUUAUGUCGUUAAAUUGAUCCGAGAAAAGGCCGUCAAAAUGAUGCAACAAUAUAUGAAGGAACUCGAACAGGAACCCUUUGAUCCAGAAGAGUUUGUUGAGAGACUGGCUUGGAGAACGGUUAAUGAUACUAUCAAAGAUGGAAUCACAGGAGUUUUUGACCCAGUUCUGGUGCACGAAACUUUUCUGCAAGCGAUCAAAGACCUGAAAGUGCUGGAGGAGAGGCAACAAAAAAAAUGUGACAAGUUGGAGACACUCCUCAAGGAGGAGGAGGCUAAGCAUGCAGUAGAGAUACUAGAUCUUCAGGAAAGAAAUAGAAAAUCCAUAGAUACGUUUCAUCAAUUGGAUGAGAGAAUCAAUUUUGUUGCUACUAAGGUUCUUCAUUUGGGAGACCAGUUAGAAAGUGUUAAUACUCCUAGGUCUAGAGCUGUGGAAGCACAAAAACUUAUGAGACACUUUUCUGAAUUUUUGACACCUGGUCCACUGACUGAUCCCAUUUUCACGGAUAAAGCAUCUUUGGAUGAAGCAGCAGAUGUUAUUCAAAAGCUGCACGUGAUUGCCCAAGAGCUUCCAUUGGAAAAGUUUGAUAAUGCCAAAAAGAAAAUUGCUGCAAAAUACGAUGAGAUUGAGCGAAACCUCAUUGAAGAAUUUGUAAGAGCACAGAGUGCAGAGGAUGCUCCACGUAUGAAAAAACUUGCCUCUGUAUUGUCACAAUUCAAAGGCUACUCACAGUGUAUAAAUGCCUUCAUAGAGCAAAGUCAAAUGAGCUCUUUUGGAGGAAAAGAUGUUUUCCAAGAAGUUUUGCCCAUGUGCACGAAAAAUCACAAACUCAUACAGCAGGUUUUUUCCAAUCCAGAAAAAGUAAUGGCCAAGUUUGUUCUAAAUAUCUAUCACUUGAGGAUUCAGAAAUAUGCUGUUGCUAAAUUGGCGGAUAGGACUGAUACAGAAAAGUAUCUCAAGAAUUUAUAUGAUUUGUAUAUGAAAACUGUCAAGCUCUCUGGUGACCUGAAAAGGUUUGAUAUGGGUACCGAUGAUACAUACCUACCAAAACUUACCAGGAAUAUUUUUCAAAAACAUUUGGAUGCCUACAUAACAGUCGAAAUAAAAGCUCUAAGAGAAAAGUCUGCAACUCUUCUCAUUCAGUACUACGAAUCCAAGAACCACCAGAAGAAACAGCUAGCGAGUGGUGGAUUUCAAGAGCUGAAACGCGAUCUGCAAGCAGUGCUGAGUACGCGCACCAACAUCAACAUCGCCAAUAUCGAAGACUACGGCGGCGAAACUUUUCUCUCCGAAGAGCUCGCAAUUGCUCUUCUUCAAAGAAGUAAAACUGGCUUGCAGAGGUGCUCACUGCUGUCACAAACUUGUGAGCUGCCCGCGAAUGCCACGCAAAUACUCGAGACGGUGUUACAGUACCUUAUUAACGAACACGUUGAUUAUGCUUUGGAGUUGGGACUCCAGUGCGUACCGAUACCCGAGAGCAGAACGCAACCCGAGAUUCACUUCUUCACUGUGGUCAGACAGUGCAAUGUUAUCAUUAAGUUGCUGGAAGAGCAGUUUAGCGGUGAUUUACUACCUUUAAUUAUAUCGACGCCCAAGCAUGGCGACUGCAUGGCCAAGAAAAAAUUCGCCUUGGAACAAAUUGAGUCAAAGAUCGACACAGGCCUUGACCGCAGUAUCAAUGCGAUAGUCGGCUGGGUCAAGAUCUACUUGCAGACGGAGCAGCGCAAGACGGACUUCAAGCCCGAGACCGAAAUGGUAGACACUCUCAAUACACCGGCUUGUCUCACGGUUUGCCAGUAUGUCUCGAGUAUGAUAAAGCACAUCAGGGACCGGCUCGACGGCAAGAGCCUUGAGAACGUGCUCACGGAGCUGGGAGUACGGUUCCACAGGGUAAUCUAUGAGCACUUGCAACAGUUCCAGUUCAAUUCAGCUGGAGCCAUGUGCGCUAUCUGUGACAUGAAUGAGUACAGAAAGUGCGUCAAGGAACUCGGUGUACCUCUAGUUACGACGCUCUUUGAUACGUUGCACGCAUUGUGUAAUUUACUGCUUGUGAAGCCGGAGAACCUCAAGCAAGUGUGUUCUGGAGAUCAACUUGCCAUACUAGAUCGAUCGAUUCUGUCAACUUUUAUACAAUUGAGAACUGACUACAAAACGCAGAAACUAGCAAACUCGUUAAAAGGAUUAGCAACAUAGAAAUAUUGAUUAUUAGUUGUCGAUUGUUGUAUACUUGUAAGCGAGAAUGAAAACGAGACAAAAUAAUACAAGUCAACAUAUUUGUAGCCAAGAUGAUAAUUUUAUUACGCUAUUGUGCGGCAAUAUAGUCUGUAUCACAAGUUCCAUACGAUACAAAAACGGCUGAUGAAUAAUAUUCAACGACUACCGUCAAACGUCGAUUCGAAUUAAUCUAUGAAAUCAUCAAUUUAAUAAAAAAAAAAAAAAAAAUGAAAACU